AUGCUGUCGGAUACAGGACCAGUCGUAGCAAAUUUUACAGAACUACGCAUUUAUCCAUCGUUUACAGAAAUUCGUCAACAGUACAACGCACCGAAGAAUUUCAAAACGUAUUUUGCACGAGAUGUCUAUUCGAAUAUUGUUCAAGGAUCAUUAUCGAUUGAAGGUAUUCCAAUUGAAUCAAAACAAUUCGUUUCUAAAGCGAAUAAUCUCGAGAAUCAAACGAUCUUCGUUCGACGUUCGGCAAAUGAAUCACCACAUGAAUGUCGCGUUAUUCAAGGUGAUGAUCUCCUUGUACAGGAUCUCCAGACGAAAAGAUAUUUUCAUGCGCAGCGAAAUGAACUCGAGUAUGUGACAACACCUGAACAAGUAGGUACAGAAGUGUUGUAUGUGCUAAAACAACAGGGCAAAGCCACGUUGAGUUAUCGAAUUGGUGGCAUUUCCUGGUCAGUACAGUAUGAAUUGAAUAUUUUGUCGGAAGAUUGUCAACAUACAUUCCAAGCAUUUGCUGAAAUUGUCAACGGAACAAAGCAGGAGUACAAGGUCGAUCGCGUCGAAAUGCUCGGUGGUGAUGUAGUUAUACAACGAGAAAGUGGACUGAAACGGCGGCGUUCUCGAUCUCGAUCUCGGUCCCGUUCUCGAAGUCGAAGUGACAGCGAUGAUGCAGCCGAAGAAGAUGAAGACUUUAAUUCCUGUACUCCGACACCAGGUAUUCAGAGCGAGGACGAAUUAGGAGGUUUACAUAUUUAUUCGAUCGAUCAACCAUUUGCUCUUUUACCAAAAGCAACCCUCUGUUUGCCGUUCAUCGAUGCAACCAUGCAAAUCAGUAAAUGUUUAGGUCUAUCACUUCAAUUUACAACUUAUACACAGAUACGAAAAUUACAGCGAAAAUAUCGCAUUGAAUCCGUGGAUAAAUUUUUACCCGGUGGACCGUUAACUAUUCGAGAACAAGGACGGCUAAUAGGAACAACAACUUUACCUGAAAUGUCUAUAGGUGACAAACAUACUUUCAAUUCAGGACAAGAUUCUGACGUUUCAUUAAAUCGACAGGUAAAGUUAAUUUCCAAGGAAAGACAUUCAGCUGUCUAUUCUGUCCAUUUAACAUUCAAAAACGUCAAAUCUACACCAGUGAAAUUUGAAUAUGAAGAAAUUGUUGACAAUGACAAUGAACACUUCAAAGUUAUUCCGAAAGGAAGCGAUGAUCAACGAAGUCAAAUUCAAGUGACAGCCAAUGGAAUCGAGAUACAAAACAACACGAAUAAUACUCUAGCAGCAAAUGGUGGCGAACAAGUCUAUGAGUAUGAAGUUCAUAUUCAUUACAUUAAAAGAAGCAAUUCAUAUAAGAAAAACUGUCGAAGAAUUUAA